AGUUACAAAAAUGAUAGAUUGCGAUUUGCGAGAGAAUAAUAUAAGACUUUUUAUAUGAAAGGGUAUAGAAAUUAAACUCUAUUUUUGGUUGCAAUGUGCAUGUCUUUUUUGUUCAUACUAGUGUUCAUAGGUAACAACACUACACAACACACCCAUGGGUUAUGGUUACGCAAGUCUGCGUUGUUGUAUGAUCCAAGUGAGAUCACUCUGCAGCAGCACUAGCGCCAUUUCACGUUACGGUCGCAGCGGUGACAUUGACAAUGCUCGAAAGGUAUUCGACGAAACGCCAUUGCCACAGAGAACCAUCGCUUCAUGGAACGCCAUGGUUGCUGCAUACUUCCAAGCCCACAAACCUCGCGACGCCCUUUUUCUGUUUGAUCAAAUGCCCCAAAGAAACACUGUUUCCUGGAACGGAAUGGUUUCUGGUUACGUCAAAAACGGAAUGAUUGCCGAAGCGAGGAAGGUGUUCGACGUUAUGCCUGAACGAAAUGUAGUUUCCUGGACUUCCAUGGUUCGUGGUUAUGUUCAAGUGGGUAUGGUGGAAGAAGCUGAAAGGCUCUUUUGGGAAAUGCCAGACAAGAAUGUGGUGUCGUGGACCGUUAUGAUUGGUGGGUUGUUGAAGGAAUCUCGUUUUGAGGAUGCAAAGAAACUGUUUGAUAUGAUGCCUGUUAAGGAUGUUGUGGCGAUUACUAACAUGAUUGGUGGGUUUUGUCAGGUGGGUCGCUUGGAUGAAGCACGGGAACUGUUUGAUACAUUGCCGAUGAGGAAUGUGUUUACUUGGACUACUAUGAUUUCUGGGUAUGCAAAAAAUGGGAGGGUUGAUGUUGCAAGGAAGCUUUUUGAAGUUAUGCCGGAGAAAAAUGAGGUGUCUUGGACGGCUAUGCUUAUGGGGUAUACUCAGUGUGGGAGGAUGAGGGAGGCUUUCGAGCUUUUUGAUGCGAUGCCAGUGAAGUGGGUUGUUGCUUGUAAUGAGAUGAUAAUGAAAUUGGGACUUGAUGGAGAGGUGAAUAGAGCUAGAAUGGUGUUUGAGGGAAUGAAGGAGAAAGAUGAGGGAACUUGGAAUGCUAUGAUUAAGGUGUGUGAGAGGAAAGGGUUUGAGUUGGAAGCUUUGGAUUUGUUUGCUAGGAUGCAAAGGGAAGGGGUUGCGUUAAAUUACCCCUCGUUGAUCAGUGUUCUUUCUGUGUGUGCUAGUUUAGCUAGCCUUGAUCACGGCAGGCAGGUUCAUGCUCAGUUGGUGAGAUCUGAAUUUGAUCAAGAUUUGUACGUAGCCUCGAUUUUGAUUACGAUGUAUGUUAAGUGUGGUGAUCUUGUUAGAGCAAAAAGGAUUUUUAAUAGGUUUCCUUUUAAGGAUGUUGUUAUGUGGAACGCUAUGAUCACGGGUUAUUCCCAGCAUGGGUUGGGAGAGGAAGCUUUGAUUGUUUUUUGUGAUAUGUGCUCGUCUGGAGUACAGCCUGAUGUUGUUACCUUCAUUGGAGUUCUUUCGGCUUGUAGCUACAGCGGCAAAGUGGAAGAAGGGUUUGAAAUUUUUGAAGCAAUGAAAUGCAAUUAUCUAGUGGAGCCGGGAAUCGAACACUAUGCUUGCAUGGUUGAUUUGCUAGGGCGAGCAGGCCGAGUAGAUGAAGCAAUGGAACUAGUUGAAAAGAUGCCAAUGGAACCAGAUGCUAUUGUUUGGGGAGCAUUGUUAGGUGCUUGCAGAAUGCAUUUGAAGCUGGAUUUGGCUGAAGUUGCAGUAGAGAAACUUGCAAAGCUAGAGCCCCAAAAUGCUGGGCCUUAUGUCUUGCUCUCACAUAUGUAUGCAUCCAGAGGAAGAUGGAAGGAUGUUGAAGUACUUAGGAAAAAAAUAAAUGCUAGGAGUGUCAUCAAAUUUCCUGGAAUUAGUUGGAUUGAGGUGGAGAAGAAGGUGCAUAUGUUCACUGGGGGAGACAACAAGGGCCACCCCGAGCUUCCUAUUAUCGCGAAAAUGUUGGAGAGAUUAGGUGGAUUUUUAAGGGAAGCUGGGUACUGUCCCGAUGGUAGCUUUGUGCUUCAUGACGUGGACGAGGAAGAGAAGACGCAUAGCUUGGGUUAUCAUAGUGAAAAACUAGCUGUAGCAUAUGGACUCCUAAAAGUGCCUGAAGGGAUGCCAAUUAGAGUUAUGAAAAACUUGCGGGUUUGUGGUGAUUGUCAUUCUGCAAUCAAAUUGAUCGCAAAAGUCACUGGAAGGGAGAUCAUUUUAAGGGAUGCCAAUAGAUUUCACCAUUUUAAAGAUGGUUACUGUUCUUGCAAGGAUUUUUGGUAGUUCCUGGAAACAGUCACAUUUGGUUUCAGAUUUGAAUAUGCUAUUGAAGUAGAUGGCUGCUAUGUUCCUGAGCAUGAUGGGAUGGGAUACUAUGCACUUCAAUGGGGUUGUAUUUAACAAUGAACAAUCAAACAGAAGCGCCUUAAUACAUUUGAGCUUUUCACUUGCAAAUGGCUCACUUGUAACUUUACAAUACCUCAAAUAUUUGCUUUGAAAUAGAUGGAAGGAAAGAUUCACUUGCAAGGAACUGUCAGUUGAUACUAAUUACUGACAAUUUAACUGCACAACUAAAAGCUGUACAAGCAAGUUAUGAGAAUGUUUUAAACUGGUAUGGGGAUGCACUAACCCCUACACCAGGAACUGCGUUUCGGAGCUAUUUACGGGUUGCAACCUAUAUCACAGAGUAAGAACGUUGAUUGCAAGAAAAUUGGAAAAGGUGAUUAAUUCUUGAUGAUACAAGAUAGGAUUUAAUUUCAAAUAAAAUGAUUUUAGGGCAGAAUUUUGUUAUGACCUUAAGAUGUGUUUUAAGCACUCUUUAAAGUGGAAAUUGUCUUGGCUUGGAAAGAAAGGGGAAGACAGUCUCCUUGUGUGUUCCGGCUAAAUAAUUUGAUUGAGACAGUUUACAAAAUGCUGAUCAGGUUCGUACCUGUUGUCGGAUUUGGUUGAGAAGUUUAUAACUUUAGCACUCAGUUUUUGCCAUGAUAACACAGAAGAGACCAAUGGGGGUUAGAUGUGAUGGUUGAGCUAUUAAAAGCAAUGCUGACAAGAAUUGAAAGUUCUUUCUUACUUCUUAACUAAUAUGCUAGCAAAGUGGCAUCAUCAGUAUUCUAUCUGAUUGGAGAGGUCAUCUGUCUCAGAAAGUGGUCUUGUCAUCGGGCUUUGAGAGGAGAUGAUUUGAAGGGGUUUGUUUUUAUUCAUAAUACAAAAUCCUCUUAUUUUAGGGGAAUUUGAAGGGGUUUGUGGGAUUUAAAUCCUCUUAUUUUCAUAUUGUUAUAAUAUUUUAUAAAUUAAAAAUAUAUUAAUCAUAAACAUUCUAUUAUUAUUUUCUACAAAAUCACUUUCUAAAGAAAUGUAAAAAAAUUCUCUUAAUUUUUCUAUUUUCUUCUCCCUCCAUUCCCCUUCCCUCUAAACUCCCAACCAAAGCCUAAGAAACCAAAAACCCUCGUCUUCAAUCAUUCCAAGCAGCAGUUUGAGUUGAUUAUUUUCACUGCAGUGUAAGUGUAAUGAUAGAGAAUGAAGUGAGAUUGUUGUGUAAUCUUGAAAUGUUUAUACUUCUUGAUAGGGCAGAAGUUGACUCUAGUGUAUAUGAUUCCAUUGGGAUUGAAAUCCAGUUUUAAAUGUAUUUUGAAUGCAACAAUUUUUUUUUUA